UUCGUUUAAUAAGGAAAAUCGCUUAGAGGCGACUGGAGUUUUGAAAAUGGAGCUGGUUGUCUGUGAUUCACAUGGGCGCCCGUGCCUGCUGAAGACCGGGGUGCGAGACGGAGCCACCAAGGGCAGGAGCUUCUACGUGUGCAGCGCGCGCCACGGGACGCCGUGCGACUUCACGCGAGCGGCCGACAUCCCCCCAUCGCACUGCUUGCAUCACGAAGACUCUCUUGUGGAACUCCAGGCUCUUAUUGACCGCAAACAGCAGGCGGGUUACAGAUUGUUCUUCCGAUGUGUUUUGGGAAAAAGUGAAGGGAAGAAAUGGUGUGGGAGUGUCCCGUGGAUGGAGAAACACUGCAGCAGUCCCCCACUAAAUGGAGAGUCACUGCUUCCCAGUUUCCCUUGUGAGAGGAACCCAUUCAAAGCCUCAAAGAAAACUGAAAAGCCUUCGGAGUGGAGGAACAUCCAGGAAGGAGGGGAUAGGACAGGAGAGAAGACGAGUGUAAGGCAAGAAGAGGAGGGAGAAAGUGAAGCAGAGAGAAGCAAUCAUUCUAAUGAUGAGCAUUUGAAAUCCAACUGGAGAAACGAGCAGCUCCCUCCGGGUGUGAGAUUAAAGAAGAAGGUGACAGAUGAGGCUCAGGGCAGUGCUGACCUGCCCCCUGACAGUGGACCCAGACAAAGACCAGUAAUUGCAAAUGCUGCCAAAGACUUGCGUCCUACUUCGUUUGAUGACAGAGAGAGGAGAACUGGCAAGAAGGACCAGAUCCAGCGGGAACAGCCACUGAUCUCUAAGGUUCAGGGGAAGGAAUGUGGAGCUGGAGAUCAGCGUUGGCAUAAAGAUGCUGCUAAGCGAGCUCCAAAAGAAGGUUCAUCAGAUUUAAAAAUGAAUCACAGGUCUCAGGAAAGCAGAAGAGCGGAAAAGGGCAAAGAAAGGGAAAUUCUGGAUAAAGGAGACAGGCCUGAGAUGGACGAUGAAGUCCUGUUGGUGUCAGUUGAGCCAGGAACCAAGCAGAACUUUCCAGCUGUUACAGUAUCAACCAACCCUGUACAGACAGCUCUGACUUCAUUCCCCGGGUUCCAGCUGACGUCACGGGACAAAGCAAAGGAGGAGGACCCCCGGGUCCUGCACAAUCAGCUCUCCAUCCAGCUCAAGCAGAAAAAGGCAACCUUGUCAACGGUGAACAUUCUGGCCUUGCCUGAUAAAGGUGAAAGACUGAAGAACCAAGUAAAAGAGCUGGAGGUAGCGCUGGAGUCUUUAAGUCUGACUGUUGCCACAUCCAGUGAUGACGGGGAACCGGAAUCGCACACAUCCGGUGAAGGUGUAAGGACACCUGCCGUUGCCAAGCAAACAAAACCUCUCAGCAACCAUGGGGGCACCAUCCUUUUGCCUGAUCCUCCUGUGUCUUUCCCGGCUGGUGCCAGCUGUCUGGCGCUUGACCUCAGCCAGGGCAAUUCGCAGAUGUAUGGAGUGAACGCACAGGGCCAGGCAUUGUACGGGGGGAGGAUGACGGACAGUAGGCUGCUAGCAGUGCACAAUGCUACCACGGAGGCAAUCGACCACCUGCACCGCUCUCUGGAGUCCUGCCCCGGCCCGCACACCGAGGAGCGGGACCCCACGGGACUGAAGGUCCCCUUACUUCCUCAUCAAAGACGUGCGCUGGCCUGGCUGCUGUGGAGAGAGACUCAAAAGCCGUGUGGAGGAAUUCUGGCGGAUGAUAUGGGUCUGGGAAAGACUCUUACGAUGAUUGCUCUAAUUUUGGCUCAGAAGAAAACUGAAGAAAAGGUUAAGAAGCUAGAGGGAUGGAUUUCCAAAAAUGAUUUGUCCCUGGUUGCCUCCCACAGCACUUUGAUUAUAUGUCCUGCUUCACUUAUCCACCAUUGGAAAAAGGAGAUUGAGAGACACGUUAAGAGCAGGCAUUUGAGUGUGUACCUUUAUCACGGGCCCAACCGAAAGAGGAAUGCAACCUUCUUGGCAGAACACAGUGUGGUUGUUACCACCUAUAGUAUUGUCUCUAAGGAGGUUCCCGCUGAGAAAGAUGUGGAGAAACCCAUGCAGGAUUCAGUGGGAGAGUUGCCAGACGUGUCUCCGCUCUUAUGUGUUGUCUGGUCCCGAGUGAUUUUGGAUGAGGCUCACAACAUUAAGAACCCCAAGGUUCAGACCUCAAUAGCUGUGUGCAAACUCAGGGCCCAGGCCCGCUGGGCUGUCACUGGAACUCCUGUCCAGAACAACCUCCUGGACAUGUACGCGCUACUCAAGUUUCUAAGGUGCUCUCCUUUUGAUGAAUACAAACUGUGGAAGGCUCAAGUUGAUAAUGGUUCCAAGAGGGGAGGAGAAAGGCUGAAUAUUCUCACCAGGGCUCUCCUGCUUCGCAGAACCAAGGACGAACUGGACUUGCACGGCAAACCUCUGGUACCUCUGCCAGAACGAGUCUGUGAAGUGCAUCAGUUAAAACUGUCAGAUGAUGAACAAGCUGUUUAUGAUGUUAUUUUUGCACGAUCCAGAUCAACUCUGGAGUCGUACCUGAAGCGUCACGAAGGGGGCGGGUCAGUCACCAAAAAGGACACAAAUCCUUUUCAGAAAGUGGCUCAUGAGUUUGGCAUGUCUGUCCCAGAUGCUGCAUCCUCCCAGCAUUCUGGAGCCUCCAAUACUGUGCACAUUCUGUCACUGCUGCUGCGGCUGAGGCAGUGCUGCUGCCACUUGUCCCUGCUGAAGAAGACGCUAGAUGAGUCUGAGCUGCAGGGGGAUGGGCUCACACUGUCCUUAGAGGAGCAGCUGAGUGCCCUAUCCCUAUCAGAACACUCUUCUAGUCAUGACCCCAAAGGCACAGUAUCCCUCAACGGUAGCCGUUUCCGCUCUGAGCUCUUUGACAACACCUGCGCGAGCACCAAGAUUUCUGCAGUCCUUGUAGAAUUAUCCAAAAUUAGAAAAACAAAUGAGGCUCAGAAAAGUGUAAUUGUGUCUCAGUGGACCAGCAUGCUACACAUUGUGGCUGUUCAUUUGAAAAAGCUUGGCUUGCGAUUUGCUGUCAUUGAUGGCACGGUCAACCCCAAGCAGCGAAUGGACCUAGUAGAGGAAUUCAACACCAACCCCAAGGGACCACAGGUGAUGCUGGUGUCACUAUGUGCUGGAGGUGUGGGUAUUAACCUGGUUGGAGGGAACCACCUUUUCCUUAUGGAUAUGCACUGGAACCCGGCUUUGGAGGACCAGGCCUGCGACCGUAUAUACAGAGUGGGGCAGACCCGCAAUGUUACCAUACACAGGUUUGUGUGUGAGGGUACUGUCGAGGACAAGAUCUCCUCACUGCAGCAGACGAAGAAGGAGCUAGCUAAGAAGGUUCUGUCAGGGACAAGUGCUUCCUUCACCAAGCUCUCACUUGCCGACCUCAAGAUUAUCUUUGGUGUAUGACAAUCCCAGAGGCAGGUAGUUUACAUCCUGUAAUUAUAGCAGCCAAAAGUAAAUCACUGCUGGCAUAAGGUCUCUGUGUGUCCAUCUCAUCCCCAGUUAUUGCAACACACAGCCUGUGUGAUGAUG